AUGGAAAUAACCGAUGUGAGUUCUCCAAAAAUCUUUGUCCUCCUGGGCUUCUCUGCACAACCCUCACUAGAAACUGUCCUCUUGGUAGUUGUCUUGGGUUUUCACGUGGUAUCGACAGGCAAUGGCAUCAUCAUUCCGCUCCCCUGUGUGGACGUGCGCCUCCACACGCCUAUGGACCUCUUUCUAGCCAGCCUCUCCUUCCUGGACAUUAGCUUCACCACGAGCAUUGUCCCACAGCGCCCGGCCCACCUGUGGGGACCACAGAAAACCGUAAGCUCUGGAGGGUGUGUGGCCCAGUUCUGUGUCUCCCACUGGCUGGGGGCACCUGAGCCUGCUGCCACCACGUCUUAUGACCGCUAUGCUGCCAUCUGCAGGCCACUCCCUUACGCUGUCAUUAAGCAUCCACGGCUCUGCCUGGGACUGGCUUUGGUCUCACGGCUGGGGGGACUGACCACCAGCAUGGUGGGCUCCACGCUGUGUGGGAACAAUCGCGUCGACCACUUCUUUUGUGAGAUGCCCCUCAUCACGCAGCCGGCUUGCGUGGACACCAGCUUCGAUGAGGUGGAGACGCACCUGGCCAGCUUUGUCUUUGUUGUCCGGCCUCUGGGGCUCAUCCUCGUCUCUUAUGGCCACGCUGCGUGGGCCGUGUGGAAGAUCAAGUCCGCAGAAGGGCGGAGAAGGGCAUGCAACACCUGUUCUUCCCACGUGGGGGUGUCUCUGUUCUACGGGAGCAUCAUCUUCAUGUACCUCCAGCCAGCCAGGAGCACCUCCCACGAGCAGGGCAAGUUCGUAGCUCUCUUCUACACCGUAGUUACUCCUGCGCUGAACCCACUUAUUUACACCCCGAGGAACACGGGGGUAAAGAACGCCCUCCAGCACACCGUGUCAGAGAGCUGCUGUGGCUCUGCAGGCACGCGGGCACUGAUUUAG